AGCUUGGCCCCAGAGUCUGUCGUCAUUCUGUGGUUCCCAAACCCAAGACCCAAGGGAAGUCCUUGUCUAAGGGCCGGUGUAUCCAAUGAUACUUGAAAAUCGCUUUCAUCGUAUUAUGAUUAAAGAAACAGUUUAAAGGAGAGGUGAGCCCUGAGGCAGGCCGGUGCUCUUUAACCUGUGAGAGGUGGGUUUUUUUUUUGCUAAGGAUUUACAUUAGCUGUGAGACAGCAAUGGUUUCAUCCGAAAGAAACUGCCAUGCUUCACCUGUGCCCCACCUCCAGCCCAUCUUGCCAAGUGAUAGCGCAGAUGUGGCUCGUUUUAAGAAUACUAGGAAGGAGUAAAAGGGACUAGAGCGAAGGCAGGAACACUCAACCAUGCUUCCAGUGCCUUCUGGUUGUUCCUAGUCUUUUCUCCCUAGUGCCCCGGUGCCUCUCCUACCUGAAGGUGUGAUGCCAUCACCUCUAGCCCUGUAUCGCUACGCCCAUGGCAAGCUGUCACCCUCGGUGGACUCGCGGCCCUGCAGCAGUCCCUUGGUGGUUCCCAGGAAGGCAGGGAAACUGUUACUGGGGGCCACUUCUCCUCGGGCCCCGCGGCUGCCACGCGGGCAGGCCUGGUGCUCCAUCGACUGGGAACAGGUAUGCCUACUGUACAAGCUGGGUUCCGGAGGGUUUGGGUCGGUGUACAAAGCCACUUACCGAGGUGUUCCCGUGGCCAUAAAGCAAGUGAACAAGUGCACCAAGAACCUACAUGCAUCCCAGCAGAGUUUCUGGGCUGAACUCAACAUUGCAAGGCUGCGCCACGACAACAUAGUCGGGGUUGUGGCUGCCAGCACGCGCACGCCCAAAGACUCCAACAGCCUGGGUACCAUAAUCAUGGAGUUUGGGGGUAAUGUCACUCUACACCAAGUCAUCUACGGUGCCACCAGCUCUCCAGGACCCCUAAGCUGCAGCAGAGAACCACUGAGUUUGGGGAAGUGCCUUCAGUAUUCCCUAGAUAUUGUUCGCGGCCUGCUUUUUCUCCACUCACAAAGCAUUUUGCACUUGGACCUGAAACCAGCGAACAUUUUGAUCAGUGAGCAGGACAUCUGUAAGAUUAGCGACUUUGGCUGCUCCCAGAAGUUGCAAGAUCUGUGCUGCAGUCAGACGCGCCCUCACCACAUAGGAGGCACCUACACGCACCAAGCUCCCGAGCUCCUGAAAGGAGAGAGCGCCACGCCCAAAGCCGACAUCUACUCUUUCGGUAUCACCCUCUGGCAGAUGGCCACCAGGGAAGUGCCUUACUCAGGCGAGCGUCUGCAGGUGCUGUACGCGGUGGUGGCCUACAAUCUGCGCCCGUCGCUGGCGGGAGCGGUGUUCACUACCUCCCCGGUGGGGCAGACGCUGCAGAGCAUCCUCUGUAGCUGCUGGGAGGCCCGCGCCCUGCAGAGGCCCGGUGCAGAACUGCUGCUGAGAGACCUGAACGCCUUCCGAGAGGCACUGGGCUGA